AUGUUACUGCACCCGCAGGAGAUUUCGCGGGUGUUCAUGUCCCAUGUCUGGGUCGCCUACGGGAACGGUGUCGACGAAGUCGGACGCCCGGAGAAGCAAGGCCUUAUACCUGCUAACGCGAAGGGUGUUGUGCUGGACAUCGGUGCGGGACAUGGACACACUGUGAACUAUUUGAGCCGGAAUAAAGUCACGAAAUACGUUGCGCUUGAACCCAAUGUGCACAUGCAUGCCGAGAUACGUACGACGGCUACCGCUGCAGGAUUCACAGAAGCCGACGGAACACUUCUCAUACUUUCUUAUGGCGCCGAGGAUACUGGUGCUAUUAUAUCCGCUCUGGGGGGGCCGAACUCUGUGGACACGCUCGUGUCAAUCCUCACACUGUGCUCCGUCCCCUCUCCAGAGCAAACUAUAAACGCACUCGUCGAAAAUGUGUUAAAGCCUGGGGGGCAGCUGCUUUUCUACGAACACGUGCUUAGUCCGCGGGACGACGUUGCCUGGUGGCAGCGCCUCUGGACACCCUUGUGGAAGAGAGUGUUUGGCGGAUGCUGUCUUGAUAGGCCGACCCAUGUUUGGAUCCGCAAGAUGGGCGUAUGGCAUACGGGAGAGGUAUGGGGGAAGGAAGGUGAACCUGAGGAGCACCUUUUCUGGCGUAGGAAUGUUACGGUCAAAGUGGGGAUCUACAAUGUCGCCGUAUUGUUGUGA